AUGACUAGUAUAGGCAAGUUGGGUGCCAUGCAACAACUGAUGAAAGGUGGAAAAAUGAUGCCAGCAAAUGUAAUAUCUGAUGAUAGUGUUUUGGUGAAGAAAAUUGUUUCAGAUCAUAAUCCUGAGGGACUUGAUUAUGAUGUUAAGCCACUUCUACAUAUUGUAGAAGAUAUUCUUAGACGUUCAACCCUCACCAGUUCUGAACAUUCUUCAAUGGGUGAACUUUCAAAUGUUGAUCAUGUUGAAGACAGGAAUAACCUUCCUGCUUACACAAACAUGCUCGAGGCUUUGUCUGUUAAGAUUGAUCGAAUUUCUUGCGAGAUAUCCUACAAGAUUCUUUCUGGUGUAGAUGCACACUCCACAACAGUUUCAAUAUUCGAGAUGCUAACAAUCUACAAAUGGGAUGUAAAGUUAGUUCUAGCCUUAGCUGCAUUUGCUCUCAACUAUGGUGAAUUCUGGCUUCUUGCUCAUAUUCACGACACAAACCAACUCGCAAAAUCAAUGGCGAUUCUUAAGCAGUUACCUGGUAUCAUGCAGCAUUCGACCUCGCUAAAACCACGAUUCGAUACACUUAAUGAUCUAGUAAAUGUCAUAUUGGAGGUUACCAAGUGUGUCAUAGAGUUCAAUGAUCUUCCAGUUCAGUACAUUUCACAAGAUGUACCAGCCUACAACACUGCCUUUAAGCAUAUCCCAGUUGCUGCAUACUGGUGUAUUAGAAGUAUUGUGGCUUGUGCUGCUCAGAUUACAAGCCUCACUACACUUGGUUAUGAAAUCUUCACCUCUAAUGAUGCUUGGGAGCUUUCUACAUUGGCUUUCAAGCUCAAAAGUAUAGUGGACCAUCUCAAAAAUCAACUUGGUAUCUGCCACAAACACAUUGGGGACAUAAUGGAUGCUGAAGCUUAUAGAAUGCUACGAGAAUUAUUUUCGAGACCACACACUGACAACAUGAAGAUCAUCAAGGCUUUAAUUUAUUCACAUGAAGACGUUUUACCUCUAUACGAUGGUGUUUCGAAGAAAAGGGCUAGCCUUGAGGCACUUAGGAGGAAGAAUGUGUUACUUCUGUUUUCAGGCCUGGAGUUUUCAACGGACGAGCUUCUAAUACUCGAACAGAUCUAUAACGAAUCGAAGGCGCACACAAAGAGGCAGGACAAUAGAUAUGAGUUAGUUUGGAUUCCAAUUGUGGACCAAACAUCUGAAUGGACAGACCAAAAGCAAAUUCAAUUUGAGAGCCUGAGAGAUAGUAUGCCAUGGUACUCGGUGUAUGAUCCUUCCUCGAUAAGCAAGGCGGUAGUUUGGUUCAUUCAGAGUGAAUGGAAAUACAAAAAUAAGCCUAUUCUUGUGGUUUUGGAUGCUCAAGGUAGAGUUGCUUGCCCUAAUGCUAUUCACAUGAUGUGGAUUUGGGGAAGUGCUGCUUUUCCUUUUACAAGUUCUAAAGAAGAAAAUCUUUGGAAGGAUGAGACUUGGAGACUUGAACUUCUUGUGGAUGGCAUUGAUUCUGAAAUAUUGAACUGGAUUAAAGAAGGAAAAUACAUUUUCUUGUAUGGAGGAGAUGAUCCGGAGUGGGUGAGGAGAUUCGUGAAAGAGGCUCGAAAAGUGGCACAGGCAACACAAACACCGUUAGAGAUGGUAUACGUGGGACAAAGCAACAAGCGAGAACAAGUACAAAGAGUAUUCGACACCAUAAUCCGCGAAAAGCUCUACACUCACAGCUGGUCAGAACAAAGCAUGAUAUGGUUCUUCUGGACACGUCUCCAAAGCAUGCUGUUCUCAAAAAUCCAACUGAAACAAGUUGAUGACAACGACAUCGUGAUGCAAGAAAUAAAAAAGCUUCUUAGCUACGACAAACAAGGCGGAUGGAUUGUUCUAGCAAAGGGAUCACGGAUUGUGGUGAAUGGACAUGCUGCAACUGGUUUACAAGCUUUGGCCGAGUAUGAUCUGAUGUGGAAAGAACAAGCUGCAAAUGAUGGGUUUGAAACAGCUUAUAAGGAUCAUUAUGGGAAGCUUCAUUCAGUUGCUAACCCUUGUUGUAGAUUUGAGUUUUCACAUUCAAUGGGAAGGAUACCGGAUAGACUCACAUGCCCCGAGUGUCGCCGGAAUAUGCAUGUGCUUACUACUUUUCAGUGCUGCCAUGAUGAUAAUGUUGAGGAGGAUUUUUUUGUUAGCAGUGUUUCUCCUCCUACUACUACAUAA